GAGGCGAUUACGCGGUCGGACCGCGAAGUUUGUUUUGCUUCAGGUGCGGGAUAAAGGAAGCGUAUUAAUGCGGUGUAUAUGAACAGUUUUAACCUUAAAUUCAACAUGCAAUGGAGGCUGGAGAAGAUCUUGUGGACUUCAGGAAGCGGUGGAAGCAGGAACUGGAGAAAACGACUCGGUUAAAAGGGGAGAGUGCGGCGGGGGAUUUUGGACACUGUAGCCAAGCGGAUGGGAAGAAAGAGCCGAGGAGCGGCCAUGGUGCUGGAGAAUGUGAGAAGAAACCCAGAGAUGGGAAUGGAUGUAAAGAUCAGCCCCAGUACGUGUCGAUAGCAGAGGGGUUGUUGGAUGGAAGGAGCAGCCCACUGCUGGCCAGGAUGGAGGAGGAGAGGAUGCGGAGGAAGAGGCGCUGUGAGCGUGGAGAGGAACCGCAGCAGCUCCUCUCAGCUCCACACAUUCCAAACAGAGCUCGUCUUACACUCAUAGACCAGUUUAUUCACGAUCUGAACGAGGUGAACGAAAUCCCGUUCUUUGACAUCGAGCUGCCGUAUGAACUGGCUCUGAAGAUCUUCCAGUUCCUAACCCGGGUUGAUCUGGGGCGAUGCGCUCAGGUGAGCAAGUCGUGGAGAGUGUUAGCGGAGGACGAGGUCCUGUGGUACAGGCUGUUCCUCGAGGAAGGCUAUCAGAAAGACGCGAGCGUGUCCGACUCGCCGUGCUGGAAAAGUACACUGAGGGACUGCUUUAACACUGAGAAAACUGUCAAGUACAACUGGAAGAAUCGAGUCGGGUCGAUCAGCCAGCUACAGUAUGAACUCGGGAAAGUGCUGUGCGAUGUCAGUUCCUCUGAUAGACAUAUCGUCGCAGGGUAUACAUCAGGUGACGUGCGGCUAUGGGACACCCUCCACUGGGACACGGGUGCUUUGAACCUGCAGCCUGCCCACAGCACCAGAGCUGAGACCCCAUCGGCAUACGUUAGUGCGGUGCGAGUCACCGAUACCGUGGCCUGCGCUGCUUACGAGAACGGGUGUGUGAACGUCUGGAGCACCAGAUCUGGUCGAGAGCCCAUCCAUCACUAUCAGCACCUGCAGCAGGUGUGUGCCCUCGAUCUGAGCGCCGACACGCCAGUGGUCUCCUCUGCAUCCGGGUCGGAGGUGCGAGUGGACGCUCCGGAUGAUCGGGGCUACUGGAGCACUGUGUGUCUCACCCAGUUGGAUAAACCUGUGGACGGGGUGUUGGUGGUUCCAGGGAAGCGUGAGAGCCCACUGGUUUCAGCCUGGGCUGCUGAGAGUGUGUAUCUGCUAGGUCCAAGUGUGAGAAAGGAAGACCAUGAGGAAGAGAAGCAAGAAGGAGCCCGAGUUCUUCAUUCGGUGUACGGCCAACCCGUGACCUGCCUGGGUGUGAGCGCAUGCCGAGCUGCGGUGGGAGUGAAGAGCUGCGGCUGGGGCAUGAACGACGGAGGGAACAAGAUUCGGGUGUACAGCCUGGAGACCAGCCAGACUGAGCUGGUGUUGGGGAGCUCAGCUGGAGACUUCACCUGCAUCAGCCUGAGAGAUGCCCCCCUGCAUCUGCUGGUGUGUGGAAACAAAGACAGGCGGGUACGAGUGUUUGACCUGCGUUCUGGCUCCUCGGUGGUCUCGCUGUAUGGCCAUCACAUGGGCGUGACCGCGGUGCAGGUGGACGACUGGAAGAUCGUGAGCGGCGGCGGAGAGGGUUUAGUCUGCGUGUGGGAAAUGAGGAUGGGGGCCAAGCUCUGGGAGAUGCACAACAGACACCCAGUCCGUCACAUACGGUUUAACAGCAGCACCCUGGUGACGGCCAACAUCCCCGAUGAAAAGAACCCACGUGGUGCGUGCAUCACUGAUGAUGAUCUCACCGCUCACCGCAGACACCGGGGGGCGAUCUGCUUCUACGAUUUCUCUGUGGAUUCCUCCUCCCAGGACCACGUGCUUCCCAUCUGCAGGUCCGACUACACCGAGACGAGCGGUUACAGCUACAACAUCGGCCUCGUUACGCCUUACGACACGCUCGCUGAUCCUCACAGCUCCGGGCUCUGACCCACAAUGCACCUGGGCAAGAGCAAUCAGAGUCAGUGAGGAGGUGAUGGUUUUCUCAGGUGAUUUGACAUUAUAAUAAGGUUGUUUUCUUGAUUUAUUACAGACUCGAACGUCUGGUAUUUACAGUGGUGAUAUUUUUUAAGGAAAAUCGUUGCUUUAUAUGGACAUGUUUAUAUGUAUAUAAUGAUCCCAGUCACAAAGACGCUGCGGAAACAAUUACGAUCGGAAUGUCUGAAGGAUCAAAAGUACACUUUCGGAUAAAACUCGAUCGCCGAUUAGACAUUUAAAGCUCUUAUUUAGCUUUAAUAUCAGUGUUUGGUCUGUACACAUGAGUCAUGUGAUAAUCAGGACUGUGCUGAACUGUAACACCUUGAUUCUUUUCUUUCUUUUUUUUCUAAAUGACUCAUUGUUCUGGGCGAGGACCUCGAACGAGAGAGGAUCUGAAGUUCUCCAAAAUACCAAUGGUGUAUAAAUUCCUAUCAGAUACAUUUACUAACUCAAGUCUGUUUUUUUUUCCUGUAAAUGUUCUCGCUUGAUCUUUACACAUGUAACUAGUAAAGCAUACGAUUCUCCAGACACACCCAAAGGUGUUCAAUAGGGUUCUUUUUAGCAGGAGAUCUUCCAACCCAUGUAAAGCACAUCUUCAUGGAGCGUCGUCAUGCUGGAACAGGGUUGGAUCUUAUAGUUCGAGUGAAGGCAAAUUCAACGCCGCCACAUUUAAAGACGCCCAAUAGGAUCGUGUAUCUCCAGAUUCGAGAAAUCAGGUGUCCCGAUACUGUUUGUCCAUAUUUAAAUAUGAGAAAGAAAAUGAGACACACUUUUUCUCUUUACUCUACAUAGCAUUGUUGUGGUUCGUUUGGAUGUGGGUUCUGGAAUAGGUUUUAAAGACAGGCUUCAAUUACAUGUAUCUACUGUACAUCACCUUUAGCUCUGAACACGUCCUGAACAUGGAAGAGUGGAAAAUUGUGGAAAUUUUUUUUGUGUAGCUCGAUGUCGAAUUUGGCAAAUCUAUAAAUCAGGGCUGUCAAAAUGAUCAUGCAAACUCAUUUUAACGUUUAAUGCAGCGUGCAUUUCUGUUUGACCGUUUUUAUUAAAAAUAAAUACGUUUUAUUUGUUUCCUUACUCAGAAAAAAAAAUAAUUUUGAAUCACUAAUCAUUUGAAGUCUCAAAUCGGCACCGCGGUGUCUCUGUGGCGUCUCACUCCGUGCUGGAAAUACCAUUUGUUUUGUCCGUGCAUUAAAACGCUAAAGAAUCUAUAGCGCUAGAGUUAGCCGCUAACCAGGAAGUGGCUAGCGGCUAACGCUUUGGAUUCUUCAACAUUUUAUAUCCAGCUUCAAGAAUUUCUCUUAAAAGGGUGAAAUCAGUAGAACAGAUAAAUAGAUUAUAUCUUCAGAAAAUUCAAUAUUAAAAUAUAAAACACGCACACUUACAGACACAUCUGUAUUACUCAAAUUAGGGUCUGACAAAUGUGAACUAUUUACAUUUUUCCAUUUAUUUAUUUUUGUUUAAUCAACUGAAUUUGUGUCAAUUUAAAUGAUUUACUCAUUUUAAUUAAUCAAUAAUAUAAAAAGCGUAGUGCAUUAAUUCGAUU